AGCAUGCUCGAGAGAAUUACAAAGUCAGUAGCCUCCGGAAAAGAUGCGGACUCGGGACCUCUUUCGCUGACUCUGUGCGUUUGUCGUAGCUUCAUGUGCCACCCCGAAAUGCUCCUCCCUAUACCUGAGAUCGACGACCCCGUACUGCGAUUCGUUUCCGUUGUCAAGUUCUACCUGAGUGGAUGGCAUAUCAAACCACCAGGAGUGAAGAAGCCCCUGAACCCGAUCCUCGGCGAGGUUUUUUCCUGCUACUGGGAUCUGCCUGAUAACACGAGGGCGUACUACAUCUCCGAGCAAACGUCGCAUCACCCUCCCAAAUCUAGCUACUUCUACAUGGUCCCCGAACACAACAUCCGCGUUGAUGGCACACUCAAGCCCAGGAGCAAGUUCCUCGGAAACUCGGCAGCGAGCUUGAUGGAGGGCACAGCGGUCUUGUCUUUCCUUAAUAGGGGCAAGGACAAGACAAAGGGCGAACGAUACAUUUUGACGCAGCCAAACAUGUACGCUCGAGGCAUUCUCUUCGGAAAGAUGAAGUAUGAGCUUGGAGACCACAGCUUUGUUCGGUGCCCAGAGCUCGACUUGGUCGCCGACAUUGAGUUCAAGGUGAAGGGCUGGGUCAGCGGUACCUAUAACGCGAUUGGUGGUUCAAUCAAGCAUGAGAGCACAGGCGAAGUCCUCUACGAGCUGUCGGGCUUUUGGAACGACGAGAUGUUUGUCAAGGAUGUCAAGACUGGUCAUAAGGAGAUGUUCUUCAACGCCAGACGAUCAAAGCCCAGCAGCCCCCUCGUGCGGCCUAUCGAGGAGCAGGAUGAGCGCGAAUCCCAGAAGCUUUGGGCACCGACAGCCCAGGCCGUGAAGGAUCGCAACCAUGAGCUUGCGACAGACGAGAAGACCAAGGUCGAAGACAGACAACGUGAGGAACGUGAGACGAGGGCUCGCGAAGGCGUUGAGUGGAAGCCUAGGCUUUUCAGGGCCGUCCACGGCGGCCCAGGUGGUCCCGAAGAGGGCGAGGAAGAGCUGGAGUGGAUCAUCAACGCUCACGUGUGAGUACAUCCGACUCUCACAUUGGACCAAGACACGCUGACACAAAGCAGUGACAACACGAGCCCAGAGAAGCAGACUGAACAAAUCUUGGCCAUAUACCCCAUUCUUCCGGGCCAGAAGCCUUCUACGACAAACGCCAUUCCUCCCCAUAGGCCCUCUGCGACAACAGAGGCCCCGGCCCCGGCCCCGGCUCCAGUCGUUCAGCAACAUGCCGCAGGAAACGACUUGAUCGACUUUGGCGAUGCGCCAGCUACCACCCCGACAGCUCCGACAGCUCCGACA